AUGGAAUUUCUAGCUGCGAUUCGAGAGCUUCAGGCCCUUCCAGAGGGCAUCCACCUCCUCUGUCCCCGCACAAGCGAUGAUGACUACGGACGCUAUGAGGAUAUGGAGCAAGUGGACGAGGCGGGGAAGACGAUCAAGGAUCUUGUGGCCGAAGCGACGGCUCGAAGAGAGAGUUUCCUCUCAAGCAUGCGCAUACUGGCAUACCACAAGGAUGGCGUGGAAGAUCAUCAGAAUUGGGUUCUGAGCAAACUAGAUGAGUCGCUGGAGAAAUGUGAUUUAUGUAUCAAGCAUUAUUACAUCGGCAAGAUCUGGCUCAUGGAUCUGCUGAAGGAGGAGAACUAUCAAGAAGAUGACAUCGACGCAUUUGCCCAGAGAAUCGACGAGUUGGAUAUUCGAAGAAUCACACGCAACUUGACAACUGCGGCAACGCAGUUGAAGCAAGUUCCGUUGCAGAAGAUUAGCCUGGAGGUUUUAGACAGGGCUGCAUUGCUGUCAAUCUUCGAGUCCUUGAGUUGUGAGGCAAUGCUGCGCAACGAGAGCCUCCUGCAGGAAUAUUUUGAUGAGCCCUUCAAACUUAUCCAAACGAAGCGAAGCUUGAAGGUCUCAGAUUACAUUCCUGCGGUCACUCGCUUUCUCUUCGAUUCCAGCUCAUUUCGCAGUUUCUGGGCCAUUCAAGCUUGGUCACGAUACGCGCGCCCUCCUACUACCCAAGAAUUCGAGUGGGCAGUUCGAGACGGUCUUAGGGUGGCUCUACAAGCUGCAUCACAACAGCCACCGCAAUUCGCACUCAUUCAAAGGCUGUGGCGAGGUAUGCAGCUGAUCGUCCGGAGACUGGAUAAAGAACAGAUCACGCAUCAGCUUCGAGGGUUGGAAAUAGACCCUUGUCGCCUCUCUGUGGAUCAUCUUGCCAUACCUUCACCGAGCUUACGCUUCCUUCUCAAUACCAUUAAACUCUUCCUUGAGAAAGCACCGGCCGACUUCUGGGAUGCUAUGCAAGCUAUCUCUCCCCAAGCAAUUAUGGAACAUACAUUUUACAACACACAAUUCAAUGCUUUCCUCAUGGAGAACACUGAGGGUGAGCCUUUUGAGAAGUCCGCAUUGAAGGACAUGCUAUCGUGGGUCCAUCCCUUCCUCAGCUCACUAAAGGGCGCCCACCAGCCAUCUGCCUGUCGGUUCUUGACAUUGCAAUUAUUGGGCCGACUGCAGGAUAACCAAUAUCCCAAUCUCUCUCGUUACCACGCUUUCAACACCGGCUUGGCCAGCCUUCUUCAGACUCUACGCCGGUUUACAGACAAUGAGUCUUCCCGGGGUACAGUUACGCGGAUCGUGCUAGCCGAGACAAUGGGUGUGGUUAGUGAUACCAUCGAUGUAAUCAUCAACCCCCCAACCUUUCAUGUCGAGCAAAGUCGACAGCAAGAAAUUCUCAGGUUGUGCAUGGAUGUCGUGCGCCAUACCUUGGCAUUAGAGUGCCAAUCAUUGAAGACCGACUAUGAGGUCAUUCUCAAGCACGGUACUCUUUCACAUGGAGUAUCUACCUACUCUGCGCCCAUCUGGGAUGCUGUUAUCAAAAACCUCAAUCGGGAUAACCUCCCGCUGUCAAAUGCGGCCCUCCUAGGAAUUCUCCCCCUGGUUGGGUUGGAGAUGUUCCCCACGAAAGGAGAAGGGAACCAGGAGAAAACCCACUUUAACAUGAUUUAUGGCCAUCUCACCAACCUCUCGCGUCGCAUCAUAGAACGUCUCGCAGACUUUCCACCUGAGCAUCUCGAGACGUUGUUUAAAAGCCAGGAUACUAGUAGUGCUUUGAUUUCUGCUCUGUUUGCCGCAGACUAUGAUACCUACACGGCUGCGGUUGACUUGAUCAAGGCCUAUAGUGGCCAGUCAGCUCGACGAGAUGCCAUCUCUCAUCUGCUACAAUCGUCGUUCACGACGACGAUCUACGGUCUCAGCUGGUCAUUCCGUCGGAUCUCUACCAUGAAGACCUUUGCGCCGGCUCCAAGAAUGGUAUACACUGGUACGGACAUCGUAGAGAUCUUGUGUGACAGUCAGACCGGUAUGCUCCGAACUCGUAAUCUCGCUGAUCGACGUGAGGUCAUGUCGCUACAGAAGCUCUGGGAGUAUUUGUGGCUGGCAUUGACCACGAUCUUCGAUGAGACCGAGGCGUGGCAUAUUCGUGGUAACGAUAAAUCUGUCAUGCUUGAGUUUUGUCGUAACACGAUACAAUUCGCCGACUUACUCUUCGAUCAGUAUGGUGUCUUCUUGGGAGCCGUAGGGAACGCGGAUCCGGCGCAGGCAUCCUCCGAAAACUUCCUUAAGUCACCAACCAGUACAAUGAGUGCUAUGGUAAAAUGGUUGAGACUGAAGGAUGAGUUCCUGGCAACAACUCUCGUAGGAUUGGUUGCAAAGCUUCUACGGAGGCUGGGAGGGAUGAAUGUGACCAAUGUGAAACCGGAUGCAUUGAGCUUUAUUGAGGGAGUUGCUGUCAAUGGGACAAUCAAAACAAUACUCACUCAACGCGAGAAAGCUGAAUUGGUUCGCUCAUUGGAGGCUUAUUACAAGAAACCUGUGGUGACCGCUUCUACUGCUUCUCUUAAAAAGCAGUCCUCCAUCACUUCUUUUGCCAAACCUUCUGAUAUCUCGAGCCCCUCUUCUCGCGUCGCAAGUGACGAUGAAUUUGAUGACGACCUGACCGACCAAACCCUUCUUGAAUUGUCUUCUUCUGUCGAGUUCAACAAGGCACGCCGCGCAACCGAAGCCAAACGAGCUGCCGAAAAAGCCGCAAGGAUGCCUUCUUCUUCCACUCUUAUCAAGUCUCGUUCAAACGUCCUUUCCAGGGCAAUUCCUCCCCAACGUCCCGCCGAUUCCACCAGCAAUGUCCUCUCUUUCCGUGAGAAGCGUGAACGUGAGAAAGAGGCUAAGAAGAAGCGUGACAUGGCUGAGCUGGCCAGACUCAAGAAGAGUGGUCCCGCGUAUGGUGUUGGAGAGCAGACUGCUGAACAAGGCUCAGGCCUGAAAGGUAUUGGUAUUAAGGGUAAAGAUCAUACAACCCCCGCAGACAGCAUGAUGGUUUCCUCUGGUUCUGAAUCAGAUUCUGAGAGUGAAGAUGAAUUAGACAAGGAACUCUUUGGCGCCAAACCCAAGAAGCCCGAUGCUGUCGCAGCUUACGAAUUGAGCAAAAAGAAAUCCCUUCAGCAGCAGCCCGUCAAGAAGAUCAAGAGACAACGUUCCAUCAGAGACAUGCGAGCUCGUCUGGCUCCAGACCUAGGAUCCCUUCACCACUCCAUUCUUUCCUGGGACUUUUUUGCCACUGGCGACCUUCCCCCUACAUCGGACCGAACCGAUUAUUCCCUGGUUUCCAAUACUUUCCGCACCCCUGGUGACUACCAGAGUACAUUCGAACCCCUAUUGAUCCUGGAGGCGUGGCAAGGUUUCCAACAAGCCAAGGAGGAAGGCUCUUUCCGACUCUUCGAAGUCAAAGUCAUGACCCGAUUGGCUGUUGACUCCUGGAUUGAAUUCAGUACCCAGCCGCUCGGACUCCCUCCCAAGGACUUCAGCUUAGGCGAAGGAGACCUGGUUUUGUUCUCCAACUCGCAGAAGCUCACAAGCGAUCCCACUGCGCCCCAUAUUCUUGCCCGUGUCUGUGGUGUCAACCGGAAGAAUAAAAAGAUGGAAGUCACAUAUCGGGUCAAUCCUGGAAGCAACAAAUACCUCUCGACUUUUGGUCCUGGAACUGACGCAUGGGCCGCAAAGAUUACUUCCUUGACUCCGGUAGAACGUGAAUACGGUGCCCUGAUGGCUUUGCAAUACUACGACCUCUGUGAAGAGAUCGUCUUGGCUAAACCCUCGCCCCUUCUCACUUAUUCGGAUGCAAGACUCCAGCCCAUCAUGGACAACUACACCAUCAACCGUGCCCAGGCGAGAGCUAUCAAGUCGGCUGUUGACAACGACGCAUUUACUCUUAUCCAAGGUCCUCCCGGUUCCGGAAAGACCAAAACCAUCAUCGCACUUGUCGGAAGUCUGUUGAGUGAUGUUCUGGGGAAACAGGCGAUCAAAAUCAACGGCGUUCCUACGAGAAACGCUCUUUCUAAGAAGCUGCUGCUGUGUGCGCCUAGCAAUGCCGCUGUCGACGAGUUAGUCAUGCGAUUGAAGGAGGGUGUGAAAACCGCUCAUGGACGGCUCGAAAAAGUGUCUGUCCUUCGUCUGGGCAGAAGUGAUGCCAUCAACACCAAGGUGUUGGACGUUACCCUCGAUGAGAUGGUCAAUGCCCGUCUGAGCCAGGAUGCCAACAAAGAAAAUGGUGUAGAUCUGCAAAAACUCUACGAAGAGCAUAAGACGACCGAUACCACAUUCAAAGAACUUCGUGGACGCCUCGACGAGGCACGAGCUAAGGGACUGCCUCCUCCAGAAGAACUGGAGCGUGAAUUCGAGCUCAUGAAAAAGAAACGGUCCCAGCUGAGCACAUCUAUUGAUAAGGCCCGUGAUCAAAACCAUAUGUUAGCGCGCAACGCCGAUAUGCAAAAGCGACGAGUCCAAGAACAAAUCAUCAACGAGUCCCAUGUUAUUUGCACUACCCUCAGUGGUUCUGGACAUGAAAUAUUCCAAGGAAUGAAUGUUGAGUUUGAGACCGUCAUCAUCGAUGAGGCUGCGCAGUGUAUCGAACUCAGCGCUCUUAUCCCGCUCAAAUACGGCUGUUCGAAGUGUGUUCUUGUCGGUGAUCCCAAACAAUUGCCUCCAACUGUCCUGUCGAAGAUGGCCUCCAAAUUCCAGUACGAGCAGAGUUUGUUCGUUCGUAUGCAGAGGAAUCACCCCAAGGAUGUCCACUUGCUUGAUAUCCAGUAUCGUAUGCAUCCAGCCAUCAGUCAAUUCCCCAGUGUUACGUUCUACGACAGCAAGUUGCAGGAUGGACCGGACAUGGCCAAGCUUCGCCAACGUCCCUGGCAUCACAGCGAACUUCUCAGCCCUUACCGAUUCUUCGAUGUUCAGGGCAUGCACUCAGCUGCGACCAAGGGUCAUUCCUUGAUCAAUUAUGCGGAGUUGCAAGUUGCCAUGCAACUGUAUGAUCGUUUGAUUACAGAUGUCAAAGGUUACGAUUUUGCAGGCAAGAUUGGUAUCAUCACGCCUUACAAGGGUCAACUGAGAGAACUCAAGAUCCAAUUCGCCCACCGAUACGGCGAAGACAUUCUGAAGAAGGUUGAUUUCAACACCACCGAUGCUUUUCAGGGUAGAGAGAGUGAAGUCAUUAUCUUCUCUUGUGUGCGAGCAUCCAACAAAGGCAUUGGUUUCUUGGCUGAUAUCCGUCGUAUGAACGUCGGUCUCACCCGUGCCAAGUCAUCGCUCUGGGUUCUGGGUAACUCGCGCUCCCUGGAACAAGGUCAGUUCUGGAACGGGCUUAUCAAGAAUGCCCGGGAGCGAAAUGUCUACACAGAAGGCAAUAUCGUGAAACUCCUAGAAGCGCCCCAGUUCACUGGCUACACAGAGGUUGAAAUGAUCGACAUUACAGAAGAUACCCCUGAUACCUCCGACAAGGAACCUUUGACACGCCCAACUUCACGACCACCGCCGGCCUCUACUGGCGUUCCUUCUCGCACGGUCUCCGUGUCCGCCUCGGACCGUAGUACACCACCAGUCUCACGACCUGAUGGUCCUUCUGGAGGAUCCAAUCUCAUGGACCAGACCAAAUCGUGUGGCAUCUGUGGCAGCGCCGACCAUUUCACCCACAACUGCGACAAUGACGAUGCAAAGGAAAUCGCCCGAGGAACCUGUUUCCGCUGUGGCCAGCCUGGUCACACCAAGGCUGCGUGUCGUGCCGAACGAUGCAGUGAAUGCGGCGAAUGUGGACAUGUAUCCGGCAACUGCACGUCCUCGAAAGUUCUCUCGAAGAUGGAGAAAAAUCGCCUUCAGAGAGAUGAACACAAUCUCAAGCAACGUCAGGAUGCAUUCGCUGAGCGCCAGCGAGAGCGUCAAAUCGGUGGUCACAAUCCCAAAGUCCCAGUUGUUCAAGCCACAAAAGCAGACCCGUCGGUGAAGCCUGCUGAUAAUACCACGAAGAGAAAACGAGAAGAGUCUGCCUCUGAUGCGCCUAAUGCUCAACGUCCGCGUACUGGACAGCAUCAUCCCUCCAUCCAUGUUCCAAAGGGCCCACGAGGUGGCCCAGCUGCUCGUGGUUCGACUGCUUCACGGGUCAGCGGCCACCCCGGUCUCUCUGGUCAUCCCGGUCUCUCUGGUCACCCUGGCCUAUCUGGUCAUCCCGGUCUCUCUGGACCCCCUCGAGCCAACCCACCCGCCAAUGCUCCCAAGGGCCCCAAGGGCCAGCCACCUAACGAUCCACCAGGCGGACUCAUCACGCCUUCUCGCAGUGGCCCGGCAUAUCCGACCGAGAAUGACCCGACCAUGGCCCAGCCGAGACCAGAAGCUACUGCUCCCAACCCAGGUCCUCCCAAGCCCCGACCCCCGAUGAUGCGCAAAAAGAAGGAAAUCGACCCAUUCAUCCGGCCCAAGACGAAGCGCAAGUAA